AUGUCGUCCAAACCGGCUCUCAAGCUGUCGACGCCUGUCACUGCAAACUUUCCUAAUAUUCCUCCGCCCCCUCCCGAGCUCCGUUCGGCCGUGUCGCUACCUUCAGCGGUCUCUGCGAACACUCCUUUGUCUGCCGUCUCACGGACAUCGGCUUUUCGAGACCCAAUACCCUCAUCCGGGCUGCCCUCGGCCGGGCUCCCCUCCGCUGGGCCUUUCAGUGCCACAAUCAAACUUGAGCAUGACCUCCAAAAGACACCCAUCUCGCCACCUGUAGCAUAUCUGGAUUUCCUGAAGAGCAUGUCUCUAGUCUCGCCGAAUCUCACCUCCCCGCCGCAGACUGGGAAGGCUGUCUUGAACCGGACAAGCACUGCCAGCACUACCCUCAGCAACACCAGCACCAGCAGUAGUAGUUCGACCGAGUCGGAAGAGCCUGAGAAGGAUAAGGCCGAGCAGGUCGAGAGUGCACCAUCCACAGCGCGAUCCGAGCUCAGUUGCGAGUGCGAAGAAGAGGCCAAGGACAGCCCGAGGAGCCCAAAACCUGUCCCUAUUGAGACGAAGCGGUCACCUACACCUCGUGGCUCCGGCAACUGCCCUCUAUCUGCUCCGCCUACGGGGGCAUCCGUGUUCCCCAGCAUGAAGCUACCCGCCUCACCCGCCAUUUCAGCAGCCUCGGGCAUAUACUCGCCAAGAUCUCCGCUGAGCGCUGCGUCAGUGAAGUCGCCCUUUGACUGGGAGGCGGCGCUCAAGUCCAGGAGGGCCGCCGAGACACCCGGCUCGAAGCGGCCCGCGGCACCCGAGACUCCGGGCAUCAGCGCCGCAGCCGCCGGCACACCAACUACCCCUGGACACGCCAAGAGGGAGUCGAGGUCGAGCAUACGGCACAUUCGUGAGGUCGUCACAAGAACGGUGACGUACACUCCGAGAAUGGCGCCCGCGCCCAAAGGCAAGCGGAGGAAAAUCGACCCCGAGACGGUGGUCAAGUCUUGA